AGGUAUGAAUCCUUUCCACGUCCGCCAUUUUGACAUACGGUACUUUUCGAGAGUGUUGGUUUUAUGUUUUAUCGUUUCCCGUGAAUAUAAUCUUUUUUACUGAAAACGUAAGUAACGCAAGUGGCUUAUACCAAGCAACGUGACAUUACGGGCGAGUCUCAAUAAUUAGACGACGUUUCUAUAUAAUGGAACUUUGAGCGGGGAACCUUUCGACGAUUUGCGCUGGGGAGUAGGUCGAAGGUGACAGACAACCGGGUGUACGCAGUGGCUUCGCAAACCGCACAAUAUCUUCCGCCUUUGUCGCAAUACCACGGUAUUGGCGUUUUAGGUAGCCUGUUGACGAUUUUAAAAAAGUGAAUAAGAUCACCAGUGUGAAACGCUCUAAGAGUGAUCCUUAACACGGUAUUUACAUAAUCAGCAUUAAUCAUGGGGAAUAUGUUUGCAACAUUAUUUAAAGGCCUUUUUGGCAAAAAAGAAAUGAGGAUUUUAAUGGUAGGCCUUGAUGCAGCGGGUAAAACCACAAUAUUAUACAAAUUAAAGUUAGGGGAAAUUGUUACUACAAUUCCCACUAUAGGUUUCAAUGUAGAAACAGUUGAAUACAAGAAUAUAAGUUUUACUGUAUGGGACGUUGGUGGUCAGGACAAAAUCAGACCUCUCUGGCGACAUUACUUUCAAAAUACACAAGGAUUAAUAUUCGUCGUUGAUAGUAAUGAUAGGGAACGUAUCGGUGAAGCGCGUGAAGAAUUGAUGAGAAUGUUGGCAGAAGAUGAACUUAGAGAUGCGGUACUUCUUAUAUUUGCUAACAAACAAGAUCUCCCAAAUGCAAUGAAUGCAGCAGAGAUUACCGACAAGUUGGGACUCCACUCUCUCCGUAAUCGCAAUUGGUACAUUCAAGCAACGUGUGCCACAAGUGGAGACGGACUUUACGAGGGCCUCGAUUGGCUCUCUAAUCAGCUCAAAAAUGCCAAUCGCUAAUUGGAACAUUAUUCUGUCAACAUUCAGUUGCUAUAUUAACAUCAUAAAAUCAGCUGCACACCUAUCCCCCCCAUGAAAGAAUAAUAAUAUAAACAGAGGUAACACUAUGUGCAAACCGCGAGAUCUUUUUGAUCUCGAAGUGGAGGGUGGAGAUUGUCGAAAGUUGUCAUUGUGCCAGGAAGUUUUUUGGGGGGAGGGGAGUGGGGAAAUCGGCCGGAAGCACACAUUCUAACGGCCACACAAGACUAUUGCCUUGUGCAACUUAUUAUUAUAAUUAUUAUUAUAUUAGCAUUAUAGUUACACUUUUUACACAGAGAUACCACGAGAAAAGUGGAAAACUUGGAAGUAAUUGUAUUAAAGUACCUAACUCUGAAACAUACAAUACACUUUGAUUAAUUAAUAAUUUGAAUAUCUUUGGAAAAAAACUUAAGAACAAAAAAGUGAAGUACCCACGGUGUUGUCAGUUUGAAUGCGUUGGACAUACUGAUUAUCAUAAUGUAGCUGCAUAUUGUACAUUACAUUAUAUAAAUACGAUGAUAAAAAUGUGAUCAAUAGAUGAGAGAAUGUUGCUCUGUCCACUACAUUACAAAUGUCACAUCGGCCCAUCAGUUGACAUGAAAAAAAUGCAGUGAGUGGUAACUGACGGUGCAAUGACUUACUGUUUCUAGUUACAAAAGUUUGUUUCUAUUUUUUUAAGUUUUCAGUGGUAUACGUCGACAAAAGAAAAGUAAAAAAACAAUACAAAACUAUGCAAAAUGGUUGUCUUACUGCUUGUGACUAUCAGCAGGUGUUGUAAUUGCACCCUCCUUCACCUGCUCAAGAUUAAAACUAACAGUCAGUCAACCAUGUAUAUCUCAGUGUAAAAGAGAUAUCAUUUAUUUAUUGCACCUUGAUAAGGUAAAUUAGAAUAUUGUCAACAUUCCGAAAUUAUGCAUCGAUCGUGGCGGGAAAUGCAGAUAAAAAAAAUUCGAAUGGGAAAAAAUAUAAGAUGAAAAAAUGUGGAGUAAAGUGAAAAAAAAGGUUAAAAAAAUGAUUAGGAAAGAACCUCUCGCAGCAAAGAGAGAUAGGCCUCGCAAUUUCUAAGCCAGCAAUCCAAACUGGCAUGGCAGUCUGCCAGAUGAAGCCAUUUUCGCAAAGCCCUUCAAUCUCCUAAUGUUUUCCUGUCCUUAAAAAUAUAUUGUUUUUACAAAAUAAUCUUCCCCUAAUUGAUCAAAUCGCCUUUCCGUCAUAUGCGAAGAUUCGUAUAAUUAUAUAUGAAUGUUUAAACGAUUUGUGAAAUAUACUGUAAUUGUGCUUUAUGUAGUCUAUAUGUUAUUUGCCGUUAAAAUAGUUUGUUUUUGUUCUGGCUGGUUUAUCGAAUAGAAUUGAUAGAAAGUCCUCCUUUUCGGGGUGCAUGCAUAUUGUGCAAGGAAUGACAAGGAUAAAGGAAUUUCCGCACAUAUGUGGACGCUGAUGACAUAGAAACUAUUAUUAUUAUUUACAUUGGACGAAAACAAACACAUCUCUAUCCUCGUCGCUUCAUGCUCAGCCUUGCAUGCAUCCCCUUUAUUCAGACGAUGGUACUUCAGUUAGACAAGCACGAUUACUUUUCCCUUUUAAUUACUAAAGACUGCACACCGCCUAUACCGCAUGUUUCAUUUAGCAACUUAAGUUCUCUUCCCUCUUCUUUUCUUUUUCUUGAUCGACUAAUUAUACAUUAAUUGUGGAGAAAUUGCAAGUUUUCUAGACUUCUAUUUUAAUUUUUUCAAAAAAGAAAAAAAUUAUAAUAUUUUCUUAGUACAUAGUAGUAUACUUACGUAUGGCAAAUUUUUUCGACCUCUAAUAACGUGUGUAUAUUUAACGACUAAAGAUAAAAGGGAUUUUAAUGAGGAUAGGUCCAUGGCUGAUAACGAGUAUCAGCUCCAACUCUGUCAGAACAAAAAUAAAGGACGUAAUAUUUAAAAUGUA